UGAGGACAAAAAGGCCCCCAUUUUGCAACUGCACUGCCACAGCUGAGAGAAGCUACACAUCUCCCUGAGCCCAUUGGAGAAGGAGGAUUUCUGUUUAUAAAGAAAAAAACCCCAUCAUGGUAACCAUUCUAGGAAUUGCUCACAUGAGUUGGCUCACUAUGUUCUGCUCCAUUUUCUAUGUUACUUUUGCACAUGAGCAGGGCCUGGAAGGGACAUCAGCUGAAAAUUUCUCCUGUGUUGUUUACACAGUUCAUAUUUCCUCUAUGAAUUGCACUUGGAAUGCUGGUAGGAGUGCUCCAAAAGAUACCCAGUGUUUUCUAUACUUAAAAUAUGACAAUAUAGAACACAAUGGAGAAGAGAUUGAGUGUCCACAUUACAUAAGUAAUAACCUUGGAAGACAUGUUGGGUGCCAUUUUCCUAAGGUGACUGUUAAUAAAGAUAAGGUUACCCUCAGAGUGACUGGAUCAAGCAAGGAAUCACCAAUUCAGAUUUCUGAUCAUGAAGUCCGGCUAUAUAAGUAUGAAAAGCUUGCCCCACCUCAAGAUAUCACUGUGAAUUGCGAUGAACAGCCAUUGUGUAAAGUAGAAUGGAAAGCCCCUCCAAGUGCCAUUAAAGCUCCUCAUGAUUACUGCUUUAAGUACGAAAUAAAGGAUGAAAUCAGAAGCACAUAUUCAAAUAAACCGAAGGGGGAAACCCAUGAAUGUUACCCUAAGGGUCAAAAAUACAUCUUGAGGCUCCGUGCAGCAGGACAGUAUUGCACCAUUGCAGUCGGCUGGAGUGACUGGAGUCAGCCAAUUGAGUUUGGUACUGAUCCCAAUCCAUUCCCUGCAUUACCUUUACUCCUUGUAGCAUUUGGAACCAUCCUAAUAAUAUUGUUCCUGAUUUUUAUCUAUAAAAGGUUCCAUAUAUGGGAAUUGUUAGUUGUUAAAGUUCCACAACCAAAAGAUAUUCUUUGGCAAAAUGAGAAUAUGGAGAAUGUAUGGGUGGACCCGAUACCAGCAGGAGAUGAAAAAAUAACAGUGGUUGAAGACAUUGGUGUUAGCUGCAAAAGCAAUGAGACAUCCCCCUCAUGCAGCCAGUUACAAGCCCAAAUAAAUUAGAGAAAUGUCAUUCUUUUGACACCUCCCUUCCUUUCCAACUAUAUGCACAUAGAAAAUAGAAAUGGACUGCCUUCAAGUUGAUCCUGACUUAUGGCGACACUAUGAACAGGGUUUUUCAUGGUAAGUGGUAUUCAGAGGUGGUUUACCAUCGCCUUCCUCUGAGCCUGAGAGGCAGUGACUAGCCCAAGGUCACCCAGUGAGCUUCAUGGCUGUGUGGGGAUUCGAACCCUGGUCUCCUAGGUCAUAGUCCAACACUCUAACCACUACACCAUACUGACUCUGUAUAUGCACAUACACAAGUGCAAAUACUGGUACCCAACACAGUGGUCUACUGCUGAUAGAAGACAAGCAGGGGCUAGGUUUCCUCGGUAAGCAACAGCUGGAUGAAAAAGCUUCUCUCUGUAUAUUUCCUGCAUGUAUAGAGCAUGUGGGAUCAACCUGCGGCUAUCACCUAGAUUAAGGGCACAAUCCAACUGCUAUUUAUGCCAGGCUGAGGUGAGUUGGAUAUGGCAGACCUUUAGCUGAGUCAUCUGGGUCCCAGCUCAGCCUGGCUACACCGGCAUAAGCCCCUCAUCCCAGCUCAGCUGGAGGUCUGCUGGGGAAGCCCAGCCCAGCAUAAGAGGAGCCAGCAGAAGCCAGCAAAAGGCCUGCAGAAGGGCCCUUACAUGAUAUCCAGGACUUACUGGAUAAAAGGACUUGCGUGAUAUCCAGGUCCCAUUUGGCUCCCUCCUACAGCCUUCCAUUGCGGUAGCCGGCAUGCCGGGAAAAGAGGUGGUAGAAGGAAACAUUUAUUUUAUUUCCUUCCACCAUGCCCUGCUGGCACAGCCAGCGUCCUCUCCUCCAGGAGCCCUCUCAGCGGCACCUAGAUGUGCCAGCCCCUUCCACCAGCUCUGCUUCCGCCAGCUUCCAUCAAGUUAGAUUGCUGUGCCUGUCAGAUGUGCCCUUUUGAUGAACAAGGAAGUGGGGAUGAUGAGAGCAAGAUGCAUGCAACUGGACCAUUACCAUACAUGACCAGACCUGCCCCCUAAAAAAUAUCUGGUUACAGAUUAAGAGUUUCAAAAGUAAACUAAAUUCAGGAGUGGGGGGACUUAAUAAACUCUCUGGGAAACACUACUCUGUGAAGGGCAGGGGCUACCAUGUUUGUAAUGCCUCUUUUGCCAUGGUUUCAUCCACUGCAUCACAGAAAUCAAGACCUCAUCAUUUUCUACAAUUGCCUUCUUCACCAGUAAUUUUAUUGGUCACUAACCCUCUUUUUAGCAACUACUCUGUUAGAUGUAACUGAUCACCUGGCUGUCUGUUAUGCAUUUUGCUGACUUAUAUUGCCAAGCUUUUGGGGAUGACUUUUAUUGUGAUAUUUCAGUAUUUUUAAUGUAUUGUGAUUGUUGGAUUUUAAUGUAUUGAUGUUUUAAACACUGCCCUGAGAGAUUUUAAAAAUGUUGUGUUAGUGUUUUUAGUACUCAAUUUCUUUCAGCAAAGGAAUAAAAGAUUUUUUUUACUCAUGUAUUGUGUACAUAAUUAUAUAAAAAUUAUGGUGCAAAGUGGAUUCAGCUAUUUGUCAUGCAUUUUUAUUUUAAAAACUAAAACAAAAAUGCCAUUGCUGAAGUUUUUGUGGUUCAGAGGAACAUUUCUCUUCUCAUGGAAAUAUGCUGAUCAAGUAGCUCUUGUCCCAGUUAUGAAGCAGUGCCCCCUCUUGGACAGAUAAUUUAUUUCUACCUAGCAACAGUGAUCAAUACAAUUUAGAAUUGCUGCUACUGGUGAUCAAGUACAAGUUAAUCUUGGCUAACACAAGCUUCGACAAGGUAAGGGCACAUAUCUUCAUUUCCAAUGCAGCUGUUUACUACUAUAAAUAUUUUUCAGACACAGUAGUCGCAUAGCUAUCCAAACCUUUUGUUACAGUAACUUAUCUGUGUGGAGAGAGCAGUGUGGUGAAGCGAUUGGACUAGGACCUGGGAAACCAGGGUUCAAAUUUCGACUCAGCCAUGAAGCUCACUGGGUGACCUUGGGCCAGUCACUGCCUCUCAGCCUUAUCUACCUUGCAGGGUUGUUGUGGCAAUAUGAGAAGAACCUUGGAGAAAAGGUGGGAUAUAAAUGCAAUGAAUAAGCUUCCCCUUGUUGCUUUAUUUUAAAUGUAUUGGGUUUUGUGGACACACCAUUACUUAUCUGAAAUGGUUAGUGAAGUCUGUGUAAUCUGAGUUUACAUGAAUACAUUAGUUGAUUUCCAACCACCCAUGUCAACACCAAACAUUUAAGAGAGAGAAGGCAUGGUUGUCAUUCCUAUAUGAGCCUGUCCAUAUUGCUACUAUAUAAAUAUAGCUUUGUAUAGCAAACCAAGACUGUAGCCCUGAUCAUGCUUACUAAUUGGGGGAUGACUUGCAUUAUGUAGCAUUGUUGUUCUAUUGAGAAAAGGAUUUAAAGUAAUGACUGUAAACUUAAUGUCAAUACUGUCUUUAGUACCUAAUUCAAAAGUGUUUGUAUGAUUCACUUUAUUAAAAUAUCACACAAUUAUUAGCCUCACUGUAAAAAGCAGAUAGCAAAGUAUCACGAUGCACAGUAUGCAUGUUGCACCAUCAUCCUACCAAAUAGGUAGGCAACUUACAAUUGGUUACAACAAUCAGCAUACUCUCUUUUCACUUAGUGGAAAGUGUUAAGAAAUAUGCUGAUUUGAUCUUAAUGAGAAAAAAUCCAUCCUUUAUAGCUGUGCUGAUAA